AUGAUGCAUUUGGCAAUCGUCGCUGCUGCUAAACAGUUUCCUAUUUCUCGUAGAGCAAUAAUUUCCACACAGGAAAACGUGCGCUUGAAAGGCCAUAUUGUUGAGAGUCUUAACUCACCCAGUUUAACGUCGUGCAGCCAUUCCUGCCUCAGGAAUUCAUGGCGUUCUUCCACAAACUUCAAGAAGCCAUCAAAGGAAAACGACCAAGGAACUUGUGAACUAAACCAACACGGGUUCCUCGAAAGUAUUUGAGGUUGGAUUUAGAGUCAGACUUGAUGUAGCAUCAAAACAUAUUACUUUGAAGUAGAAAGCUCAGUUGUGAUCCAAGGAUCUUGGCACCUGCCUCUCAACCAGUUUCCCCACUGACUUCGCAACAUUAUUUUGAACAGGAUAAGAAUAAAUAUUUAUAGACAUGGGGCUAUCGACAUCGCUGAUCCUAGAAGUAUGCAGGACGCGUGUCACAUAUGAACUUCAUAAUGGGCGUCGUUAACCAUAGAGUCUCUGUGGCUCAGUGGUACAGCAUCGCAGCGCGGAAUCCGAAGGUCUGAGGUUCCAUUCUUUGUAGGAACUCAGAAUUUUUUCUUUGUCCCCCGCUCGUGACAAGACGCAAAACAUCUUGCUGUAUUAUUUUGAAUAUUUUGAAGAUUAUCAUUGUUAUGUUAAUCAUAGGGAUGUGAUACGACCUGUUGUCUCAAUGGUGGAUCUUGCGUUCUUGACAAAAACAAACAGACAUUUCAAUGUUCGUGCAAGGCUCCUUGGACUGGAGAAAGAUGUCUAAAUGGUAAGAUCUCUUUUAAGCUGAAAUCUGGCAUGGUACAUGUCAAGCAGGAUUUUCAGCAAACUGAGCUGUUUACCUGCCCUGAGGCACUAGUGAUUUAGACUAUGUAAGUCGUUUGGUGGAUUAGAAUUUGUUAUAACUUCAGUGUAAAAUUUACGUAACAUUUGAUCUAUAGCAGAGAAUCUGGUGGCUCUUCUUGUCCACUGUUAAAAUCAGGGCGUGAAAUUGCGCCUAAUACAGGCGCCAAUGCGACUAAAUUUUUCACUUUGGCGACCAAAUCCUGAAAGUUAGUCGCCAAAUUGGCGACUAGAACGUUUCAUCAUAACCUUACCAAGAGAUAUAGUGAAUUAAAAAGAUUUGCAAAGAUAAAUCCGAGGUAAACUUCCUCGUUAAGUUUGUUUCAAAAACGUAGCACAUGAAUCUCGAUCGAUAACUAAACGCCAUCUUGGAUUUAGAUGAGCUUUAAUGUUGUAUAUCAUCCAUCCUAGUGUCCACUUUGUAGCACGUUAAGGAUCUUUUCCCUAAUUUACUUUUGGAGGGUCUAUCUAGAACGCUGACAGCGUAAAGAAAGAUUUUGUUUGUCUUUGAAAAUGGCGACCAACUUUUUUUGAAUUGGCUACUACUUUGAAGAAUUUAGGAGCCAAGUGGCUAUCAGAAAAAAAAAUUAAUUUCAGGUCGAAUUGGAAAUUGGAAUGUUGGCUUUCGUGGAGGAAGAAAACCGGAAGAUCUGGAGAAAAACCCUCGGACGAGAUACGACAAUAAUCUCGCCUCAGAUAUGACACCAGGUCCGGGAAUCGAACCCGGGCUACAGCGGUAGGAGGCGAGCGCUCUCACCACUACGCCAUCUGUACUCCCUCUUGUAGUUAAGCUUAUUUCUUUAUUCUCAGAGAUAGAACGUAAAGAGGUGUUCUCUGGGAAAAUAUAUUAAGGUAGAGUGAAUGGGCCUCUCUCUUGAGUAAUGUCCCGGUGGCUUUCGCUCUUAGUUGAGCAGAAGCUGGGGGCGUUUAUCGGCUGAGGCUUAAGUGUGGACUCUAAUAUUUUGAUAGCUCCUCUUUCAUGCAAGGACAUCCGGGACUCAUGGGACUCCAUUGGGGACGGAGAGUACUGGAUCGACCCUGAGAACAGUUGCAAGCUUGUGAAGGUCUUCUGUGACAUGACAACGGAAGGAGGUAAGCUUGGUAUGAAAACAGCUCAUUCACAAGAAAGCGAUCAGUAUUCUGUCCUAUAAAUGCUAGAUCAAGGUAAACUAAGUUUUCAUUAAACAUUUCGAAAAAUUCACACGUUACGAGUACUUGAAAGAGUAUUUCACCCCUCACAAAUCUAAAAGGGUAAAUUCAAAUUUCACCUUACCUUGUCUUUCUGUAAAACUUAUGCAUCACAUCAUCAUUUUGAUCUUAAUCACGUGACAAGUAUGAACCUUUUGAAAAACUCAGCUAAUAGCUACCUUACCCUCUACAACAGUUUCACCUUGUAACAGCGAGCGAUCAAACUUACUGAGUGAUUUUAUUCAUUGAAAAUAGGCUUAAAAAGAACUUUAAAUUCCGUUCUGUUAUAUUUCAGGAGGAUGGCUUCUCGUCGCGAACUUUGUGACUGAUGGCUCUACUUCAUUCACCAGAUGGACUUUAAAUUCAUCAUACCGAUCGAUCAGCAACUUCUCUAGCAAUAAAAUGGGUAUUACAACAAAGGCGGUGCGAGAUCUCAGAUCACACUUGAAUUUCACUCAGCUUAGAUUCCACUGCAGUAAGAAACAGGGACGCACGUUCCACGUGGCCACUGUGGCUAACAGCUCUGGCGAAGCUGUAGUUCAGUACUUCAGCGGUCAGACAAAUGUAGUGCCUGCUUCAUGCGGGUCCUUUCAAAAAAUGCACGGGGAUAACUCAAAGCUGGCAGCACAGUGUGAAAGUUGGGGAUACGAAAACAGGUACUAUGUGGGAAAAUGGGGACUGGUUCUGUGA